AUGUCGUCCAACUCCAAGGAACGCCCCGCGAGUGUCUUAUUUGUCUGCCUGGGAAACAUCUGUCGGUCCCCUAUGGCCGAAGGUGUCUUCCGGAAUGUGGCCGAAGGAAACCCGACGAUCGGAGAGAUUGACUCAGCUGGCACUGGCGCCUAUCAUAGCGGCGAAGGCCCUGACUCGCGUACCAUGAGCACCCUCAGAAAACAUGGAAUCACGAACUACGAUCACGCCGCCCGGAAGGUCACCAAGGAUGACUUCCUCAAAUUUGACUACCUGCUGGCAAUGGACAAAUAUAAUCUGCGCGACCUGCUUGACCUGCGGGAAUCGGUGAUCACGUCCCUGAAUCGAAAGGCGGGCCCCAAGUCUGCGGCAAAGAACACCCGAGCAGCCUCCGAAGCCGCGAUUGGGGCGCAUGGCUCGGACACAAAUGUUGCGGAAGUCCGCCUAUUCGGCGACUAUGGCAAGGAAGGUAAACUGCACGAUCGCGUGGGCGGCGGUGAGGUGGUCCAGGAUCCAUACUAUGGCGGUGCAAAUGGUUUCGAGGAGGUCUACCAGCAGGUCGUGCGGUUUUCUCAAGGCUUCCUGGACUACCUUGAAAAUGAUGAAGAGUAA